GAUGAUGAUGAUGUGUGAUGAUGCUGAUGCUCUAAUGGGUUAUAGUGGGUGGUGGUGAUGAAGUUUCAUGUUCCUUUCGUCUUUCCAGGGUUCUUCUUUAGUCUUCAGUUGACUUUGAUUUCUGCAAUUCCAUCUUCUACUCAUGCAUACGCGGUUCGUUGUUAUUUUUUGCUUCGUUUUCCUAUACAAAUAUAAUGGUAUAAUGCUUCCACCCCUUACUUUUGUAGAUUUCUUCAUCUCUCAAAAACUCAUAACUGAAAUUUGGCCAUAUAUUCCAUAAAUCAGAUCCAACCAAUACUUGACUAGAAAUGGCUUUAAGCGCAACAGAUCUCUUAUUGGGUAGGAUACUUUCCAUCAUGGAAAACGAAGCAUCAUUGCUGAGUGGGGUUCAUGAUGAAAUCAAUGAACUCAAGCUUGAGCUGACUAGCAUGAGAUCCUUUCUUGAGGAUGCUGAUAGAACUAGAGUAGUGCAGAGCAAGGCAGAGAAUGAUUGGGUGGUAGGUGUGCGAGAAAUUGCUCAUCAAGUAGAAGAUAUCAUUGACAAGUACAUGUAUGACAUGAACAGGCAACAACAAUGGAGGUGGGGGUAUACAUUCACAAGUUUUUUCCUAAAGGGUAUUCAGGUUCCGCAGAAUCUAUGGAUGAAGGAUAGAUUUGCUAAAAAGUUACAAGAUAUCAAUAAGGAGAUUAAAAGCAUUCCAGAGAGAAGCCAGCGAUACGGGGUUUAUCAAUUAGAAGUGAAGGAUAAAAAUUUACAAGGAAUGCUUGGCAAUUGUGAUCUUAAUUGGCUGAAAAAUGAGAGUGAAUCUUCUCUUUUUCUUAAAGAUGAUGAUCUUGUGGGCAUCAAAAAGACUCAACGCGAGUUAUUGGGUUGGUUGACGAAUGGAGACCUUGAAAGAACUGUGAUUUCUGUGACAGGGAUGGGUGGUUUAGGCAAAACUACUCUUGUUGCUAACACCUUCAAUAAACAAGUUGUCAAUCAGCAUUUUGACUUUUGUGCCUGGAUCACUGUCUCACAACAAUAUGCAAUUGAAGAAUUGCUUAGAUCCAUGAUCAAAGAAAUUUACAUGAAGGCAAAUGAACAAACUCCUGUGAACCUGAACGCCCUGAGUUACAGGGAUUUGGGGGAGAAACUUGAGAAGUACUUGCAGGCAAAGAGGUAUCUUAUUGUGUUAGAUGAUGUUUGGAGCCUCAACCUCUGGCAACAGAUAAGCAGAGUCCUUCCUAAUGGAAGGAAUGGAAGUCGGAUCAUGCUUACUACACGAAUGAAAGAGGUUGCUUUUUUCCAAUUUGGGAUUGUAAACCACGUCCUUGAACUUAAGCCCUUAAGAGACAAGGAGGCUUGGACGCUUUUCUGCAUGAAAGCUUUCCCAAGCAAUCUUGGUCAAUGUCCACCAUAUCUUGAUUCUUUAGCGAGGAACCUAGCUGAAAAAUGUAAAGGCUUGCCGUUAGCUAUUGUGGCUUUGGGAGGUUUGUUGUCUUCCAAGAAGUUCCUAGCAGAAUGGAGAAAUGUCCAUGACAACUUAAAUUGGGAGCUAAGCAACAACCCUGAGCUGGAAGCAGUGAAGUGUAUCUUACUGCUUAGUUACUAUCAUCUGCCUUACCGACUUAAGCAUUGUUUUUUAUACUGUUGCAUAUUCCCAGAAGAUUAUCUGAUUAGGCGAAACAGGCUCAUUAGACUCUGGAUGGCAGAAGGCUUUGUGGAGCCAGUUACAGGAGCAACACCAGAAGUAGUAGCUGAGAGAUACCUGACGGAAUUGAUUUCUCGAGGCUUGCUUCAAGUUACAAAGAGGAAUGAAUCUGGAAGGCCGCAAACAUGUAAGAUGCACGACAUUCUGCGAGAGCUUGCGGUUUCCAUAUCAGAAACAGAAAAGUUUGUCGCCAUAUCUGAUAGGAAAGAAGCAGUUGUAGUAGGAGACAAUGGAAUUCACCGUUUGUCAAUUGAGGUAAGGGAUAAAGAGAUGAAAGCAGGAAAGGGUAUAUCAAAACUUCGUUCAUUGUUUGUUUUUGCUGUUGAUGAAAUCUCUAAGUCUUCCUGUAAUAGCUUGCCAUCUGGUUUUAAAUUGUUGAGAGUGUUGGAUUUACAAGAUGCCCCAAUCAACCAACUCCCAGGUGAAGUGGUAAAUUUAUUCAAUUUGAGAUAUCUGAACUUAACAGGGACUCAAGUGAAGGAGCUUCCAAAAUCGAUCGGAAAGCUUUGUAACUUACAGUCCUUGUUCCUCAAGGAAACCCAAAUUGAAGAGCUUCCGCCAGGAAUCGUGAAGUUGAAAAACCUGCGGCAUCUAAUUGUUUACCGUUUCAAUAUUAGAGGGACGGACUAUGACCGUUGGGUCGGCAUGCGUUUACCAUCCAACAUCUUCUUGGUAAAGAGCUUACAAGUGUUGACUUUUGCGGAAGCAGGGGACACCUUCAUAAAAAAUCUCAGCAAAAUGACGCAGCUAAAAAGGCUUUGCUUUGCGAAUGUCAAGGAAGCUAAUGAAAAAGACCUGUGCUUCUCCAUUGGAAAAAUAAGCCUCCUUCGCUACUUAAUGGUGAUGUCGUGUAAUAAGGAGGAGCGAUUGAAGAUGGAUCAACUUGUCGAAGCUCCUCCUUGCCUUGAGAAACUUGUUCUGGCUGGGAAAUUGGAGAAGCUGCCGCACUGGUUUAAGUCCCUCCAAAACCUCACAUGUCUGAGACUACAUUGGUCUAGAUUGAGGGAAGAAGGUUUUCUCACUCACAUCCAAGCAUUGCCUAACCUGGGACGAAUUACACUCGUGAAUGCGUUCGAGGGAGAGCGGUUAUGCUUUCUUCAAGGGUUCCAAAAGCUUAAGGUUUUAAGAAUACAGAAAUUCCCUGGGCUGAAAGACAUUGUGAUAAAUAAAGGAGUCAUGCCUGGUCUUCAGGAGCUAAACAUACGAGAAUGCCCAAAGUUUGUGAAAUUACCACAUGCUUGGGGAAGUGAUCUACCUGAUCUCAGAAAAGUUUGUUUGAGGGAUGUUUCGAGUGAGAUUAUUGAGCAAAUCUGUGGAGCGCAGAGUAUGGCUCAGCCAGCAAUCAGAGUCAUCUUAUUAAGCAGAGUGGAAGAUAAUGAUGAUGAAUCUAAUUUCAAGUGGGUGUAUAGAACCUAUGACUGACGGUUGGACCGGGGAAAGUCGAAUCCUUGCAAUUUGAGUACAGGAAAUAUGGUAAUGGCGGAAGAUCAAGGAAGAGUAUGUGCUAUACCCUUUCGAUUUCCCAAUUGUAAUGAUGCUGUAUGCAAGAGGUCAUGCGAGAGCAGAUUUCCUCCAAAUGGGAAUGGAAUGUGCCGAGGUGAUUCUAUUUGUCUUUGCUUCCACCCUUGCUAACUUUCUUUUUCAUUUUCUUUUGCUUUUGGCUAUGGCCUAUGGGUUCACUACUGCAACUCAACAAUGCCAAAAUCCUUUCAAACUCAAAUAAAAUCAUCUUCUUGGUUUGCA